GGAAGGGAAGAAAAUUUCACAGCCGACUACUUCUAAAGGCGAUAGUGAAGAGCUGAGCUGCAAUACUGAAAGGCCUUUUGAGUGACGGUUCCAUGCGUGACCGGAGUCCACAGCCCAAUAUUUCAUCGCCUUGGGGAUUACAUGACCUUACAUACAAGCUGGUCGCUGGUUAAAUUCACGCUCACCAGGUCUGGCUUCUCCUCGCAGAUUUUUUGUAAAAGUCUUUUACUGCAGAUGUUGAUUGGCGUGGAGUAACAGAAGUAUCGAAUGGAACGUUUGAUCACGCAUGUUCGAAGACUUCCGGUCCGAAAGAAGAAAACGAGAGGGACACCAGUGAGUGGGUGCGAAAUCACGGCAAAUUUCUGCGGACAGCCGUUGCCGACAUGCCCAGCUGAUCGCCAGCCAUUGUCAAGUGAGAAGAUUAUACCAGCUGCCGCUCAUCAACAGAAAUUACCGACUCGUUCUGUGAAGUGUUCCAACGUUGGAUGUCCUUGGAUAGGAGACCAGCGGGCAGUGGGGAAACAUCACUCGGAGUGCCUGCUGAAAGUCCUACAGUGUCCAAACUCAGGAUGCACGGAACAUUUGACGAAACAAGACAUGACAACACACGCAGCAUUUGAUUGUUCAUGGAGGAAAAUAGAUUGCAAGUAUUGCGGAGAAACAUUUAUUAAGAAUCAGAGGCAGGAACAUUUUGAUGUUUGCCAGAGGGUUCCUGUUCAAUGUACCAACAAGUGCGGAUUAACUGAUAUCCCACGAGAUAAGUUGGAGGUUCACAUUCGUGACGAAUGUCCUAAUACUGAGGUUUAUUGUGAAUUCAAGAAUUUAGGAUGUGAAGCAAAGUUCCCACGAUCAAAUACCAAGUCGCACUUGGAAUCCAACGUUGAAUUUCAUCUCAACAUAGCUCUUCUUGGUCUCGAAGCCACGCGCCAUCGAGUUCGUGCUCUGGUUGGUAUGGUGAAGGAUCGGUCAAAGAAGAUAGAAGGACUAGAAAAGGGCGUGUCAAAGGACAGUGAUCGCUCUCAACCAAUAGCAAAGCGGAAGGGAGCAACUGAAUGCUCUCUCUUUGUUUGGACAAUAACUAAUUUUCAAGCUGUUUACGAGCGAGCAUGUUCUGGGAAACAAGAAGUCAUUCUAAGUGAACCCUUUUAUUUGAUUAAAAACGGGUAUCGAUAUCAAAUCAAAAUGAUGCCAAACGGAGGUGCAGCUGCGUCAGAUCCUGUUGCAGAUAAUUCAUAUAAGGGACUUUGGUUGUCGCUCUUUGUUAAAGUUGUUCCUGGUGAAUUUGAUUCCUUACUAUCGUGGCCGUGCAGGGAGAAAAUACGGCUGACAAUUAUUGAUCAAAACCGGAGUCAGGAUAAGAAAAAAAACAUAUCGACUGUUAUUGACUUGAGCAAACAAGAAUGUCCUCGACCUUUAAGCGGAAGGGGUGAAGGAAUUGGCUGUCCCGAGUUUGUUUCUCAAGGCGUUUUGCGAAACGGGGCAUAUGUUAAAAAUAAUGCAAUUUUUGUAAUGGCUAGCAAGGUGUAGCACGGGAUCUCGUGGAUUUGCACGUAUUUGUUAAUUUGGUGAAA